UUCUUUCCUUUUGUAGAACUAUUACUUAGGGAAUCGAAACUGUGACGUAGACAGGGGCGGGGAAACGCCGCUGCUAAAAGGCUCGCACUGCCGCUCUGUCUUCCGGUUUGGGCUCAAACUGUCGCUCGGUGCUCUUGACAUCGCUGGGAGGAAAAUGUCCUGUUGGUUAAGAAAUGAGACUCUGACGCUGGCUAAGGAUUACAUCGACUUCUGCAUCGGGAUCCAGCGGACUCCUCCCAGCGAGUCGGCCAACGCCAUGCGCCGUUUGGGGAAAGAGCUGGAGCUUCAGCACAGGUCCAAGUUCCUGUCUCUCGCACAGAGUUUCCUGUCGACAUGCGGCUCGACCCCGGAGCCGAGCGCCUGCUUGUGCAGGGUCAUGACCAUGCUGGUGGAAGACGGAAAGCUGAACUGGGGGAGGAUCGUCUCUCUGUUCGCCUUCACGGGAGUCGUCGCCAACGAGAUGUUCUCCAGAGAAGAAGACGUGGAGAGCUGCAGGAGACUGGCAGAGACCAUCGCCGACUACCUGGGGGGGGAGAAGAGUGAAUGGCUGCUGGAGAACGGAGGCUGGGACGGUUUUUGCCAGUUCUUCCACAGCUCGUCUCAGGUGCCUCAGGAGUCCUCCAUGAAGACGGCUCUGUUUGCAGCAGCGGGUGUAGGAAUAGCUGGACUCACCUUCCUCCUGGUGCGCUGACCCGCUCUCCGUCCACCUCUCACGCUUCUCCUCUCGGUUCGGCUUUCAAACUCGGAGAAAAAGAACCGACUCCACCAAACUAUUUAUUAGACCACCACCAGCAGCAGCUCUGGCACAUCUCACUAGAAUGACGACAUUUCCUGAAAUAUUCCGGGGUUUUUUAUGGUCACACGGUGCACACGGUUUUUAUUCUUUAGAUAAAUGUUUCAGUUUUAUCUGUUUCUUCACUCAUCAUGAUGAUUUUUAUAAAGUAUGGGUUCCUGUAUGUCAGUGUGUGUGGUUUACAUACAUACACACACACACACACACACACACACACACACA